CGGUGGCAUGGUGACAAUCUUGCGUUGUGUGUUUGUUGUGGUUUGUUGGUGCAGUAUUUUGUUUGAGAAAGAGAAAAAAGAGAAAGGGAAAGGGCGAGUUAAGAGAGAAUGGCUGGUUCAUCAGAAGAGGGACAGGUUAUCGGUUGCCACUCCGUUGAUGCAUGGACCCAACAGCUUGAGAAGGGAAAUGAAUCUAAGAAGCUGAUUGUUGUGGAUUUCACUGCUUCAUGGUGCGGACCAUGCCGCUUCAUUGCACCUUUCCUGGCUGAGUUGGCUAAGAAGUUUACAAAUGUCAUAUUUUUGAAGGUGGAUGUGGAUGAACUACAGUCUGUUGCUCAAGACUGGGCUGUGGAGGCAAUGCCCACCUUUGUGUUUGUGAAAGAGGGAACUAUUAUUGACAAAGUGGUGGGAGCAAAGAAGGAAGAACUGCAGCAGAAGCUUGAUAAACAUGUGGCUACAGCCAGUGCUUAAACUUGCUGGUGUUACUUUCAUGUUCAAAAUGCCAUAGACGUAGUGUGUGAUGUUAUCUCUUUUAUACUCUAGUACCGGAUACAUAUUAGGUAUUUGUGUUAUUUCACCGUACAUCUUUGUAUAGGUGGCGACUCUUGUCAUCUAUAUUUAGUGAGUGAUUUCGUCGUUUAUUCUGUCUAAAAAUAAUGCUGAAUAGUCUUGUACUAUGACUUCGUGAUUGCACAUGAGAAAUGGAUUGAUCUAAUUUUACUUGUUAAUUG